UCAGUCACCUGAUUCAUGUACUGCCAUUUUACACACAAGUUUGACUGACAGGGGGGAAAAAAAUCGGAAUUGGCCUAUCGGCAACCUGAACACAGAAAUACACCCUUUUGUGAGAAGAUUAAAAAAGACAGGCGAUAUAAAAUAAAAGCGGCUGAGGUUAGAUGCAACCAGCGCGGGGUGCUGUGUGGAUCAAAAGAGGUGUUUGCGGUCGGAGCUCUGCAUAGAUUCAGAGGAGAAACCGGGUGAAGAAGAGGAGAAAAAAAAAAAAAAGGGGGAAAGGACAAUGCUGUUUUAUAUCGUCUUUGAAAAAUGAGUCUUCGGUCAUAGGGGAUGCCGCAUAGAUUUGAUACUAAUCACCGGUAGUCUUUCGAUUAUUUCGGAUUCAGCUCUCGUAAAGGCGCAUCCCGCCGGCAUCUCAGCGUUGUCAGCGGCUAUUUCAGGGAUACAUUGCAGCUCACUGUACAUUGUCUUAUAUUAUUUUACUGAGCUGCUUUUUGAUGCAGGCCGCGCUAAUUAUACAUUGAUUUUUUUCCCCAGCUUUUAUAUAUAUAUAUAAAUAUAUAUAUAUAUAUAUAUAUAUAGGUUGAUAAAUCAUUUCUGCAGCUGGACCAUCCUGAUGCCUUCGACUGAAUAUUAAAUGGUUCCCUGGAUGUGACCGUCUUAUGUUUUAUUUGGCCGCCGCAUGAAUUCUCCCACCGGAUCCUCGUCGGUGUACGCUGCUGUCCUCCUCCUCGUCCUCCUCCUCCUCCUCCUCAGACGGCCGAUUCUCGCAGAGGGCACUACCCUCCUCCCUGCCGCUAAAGACAUUUUGAUCGUCCUCCCCGUUUCCCCCCACCCGGACUCGACCAUCACUCCGCCUGCCUCCUCAUCCGCCACCUCCGCCACUACCACCACCACCACCACCACCACCUCCUCCGUAACAUGUCGGGACAGUCUUUGACGGACCGGAUCGCCGCCGCGCAGCACAGCAUGACCGGGUCUGCCAUCAGCAAAGCCGUCUGCAAGGCCACGACGCAUGAAGUCAGCGGACCCAAGAAGAAACACCUUGACUACCUGAUCCACUGCACCAAUGAGAUGAACGUCAGCAUCCCCCACCUGGCAGACACACUGCUGGAGCGCACAGCCAGCAACAGCUGGAUAGUGGUUUUCAAAGCGCUCAUCACCACACACCACCUCAUGAUGUACGGCAACGAGAGAUUGAUGCAGUACCUUGCCUCCAGAAACACACUCUUCAACCUCAACAACUUUCUAGAUAAGGCUGCACUACAAGGGUAUAACAUGUCAACUUUCAUCAGACGCUACAGCCGCUACCUGAAUGAAAAAGCCAUGUCUUACAGACUAGCAGCGGUGGACUUCACCAAGAUGAAGAGAGGGGCUGAGGGUGUGAUGCGCACCAUGAACACGGAGAAGCUGAUUAAGACUCUGCCUAUCAUUCAGAACCAGCUGGAUGCACUGCUGGAUUUCCAGCCUAACUCCAACGAGCUGACCAAUGGAGUGAUCAACACAGCUUUCAUGUUGCUCUUUAAAGACUCCAUACGGUUGUUUGCUGCCUAUAAUGAAGGGGUCAUCAACAUGCUGGAGAAAUACUUUGACAUGAAGAAGAACCAGUGCAAAGAAGCUUUGGAGAUCUACAAGACCUUCCUCAACAGGAUGACCAAACUGUCUGAGUUUCUCAAAGUGGCAGAGCGAGUUGGGAUAGAUCAGGGCGACAGCCCCGAUCUCACACAGAACAAAUUUUACUCUGAGGCCCCCAGCUCUCUCCUUGAGGCUCUGGAGCAGCAUCUAGCCUCUUUGGAGGGAAGGAAGCUGAAGGACCUCUCCACAGCCAGCAGAUCCAGCACCUUGUCCAGUGCAGUGUCCACUCUCUCCAGCACUGGGAUCUCUCUCAGCCGUAUGGACGACAAGUCAGACGACAACAGACUGCAGCAACACAAGGAGGACGGUCACAAGGCGAUAGACAUUCAGACGCCCAAUGUGUCACCCAGCACCCAGUCAGUGGGCAGUGCCAACAGCAGCGGAGGGGCAGCAGAUCUCUUCUCCAACUCACCCAUCGUACCCGUCAACAACCAUGUGCCAAACCUGACCAGUGAGCUGUUCACCCUGCAGCCAAACUUCACCCCCAUCCAGACCACACACACUGUGCCCAACAAUAACAAUGCCUGGGGAGGUGACCUGCUGAAGCCAGCCCCACCCACUCAAAUUCACAGCCCAGGAGCCCCGUUGCACUCUGGGAAAAUGCUGCCCAAUGAUUUGGACUCUUCAUUAGCCAACCUCGUUGGUAACUUGCAGUUUGGGGGGACGCCAGCUAAAAAGCCGGAGCUCCAGUGGAGUCAGCUGGUAGAGAAAAAGCCAACAGGAGGAAGUGGCUGGCAGUCAAAGGCCAUGUGCACCAGCACCAACUGGACUCACACCACCCAUCCCAUGGCACCUGCACCCAUGCCCGUCCCUCAGAUGAACGGGAUGAUCUAUACUGGCUAUGCUCCAGCACCAGUGGCUUUUCCUAUGACGACACCCCAAGUGCCUGUGUAUGGAAUGCUCCCUCCUCAGAUGAGUCAUCAGAUGGGGGGCGUUCCCAUGAUGCCCCCACAGCCUGUCAUGUACAACCAGCCUGUCCUGAGACCUACCAAUCCCUUUGGACCCAUCCCGGGGACACAGAUGCACUUCAUGUAGGGAUGAUGUUGUAACCAUGGCAGCAAAGCUGAGAGAGAAAAGGCAAGAGGAAAGAGAUGGAGAGAAAGAUUCCAAGAAAACAAAUCCAGAACCAAAUCCAGUGCAGGAAGAAGAAAGACGAGGACAGAGAGGAAAAGGGAGGGGAGAGGAAGAAGGAGAGAGGACCAGAGGACGGAUAAAGGAUGAAAUGCUGAUGUCUGUUUCUGUGUCGACUGACCCUCUAAUCUCCUCUCCUCUCCCCAUGUGGCUACUGAUCUCUCUGUCUUUGAAUCUAUAAUGCUGGGGCGCCAGAGGCUCCGCAUCAGUCCCACUCAUCCUCUGUUUGAUUUGCCAAUUCAGAUGGCGAAUACGACCUGUGAUGACACUAGAAAGACUGACAGCUCUAUGGAAGUGCAAAAGCUCUAUCGCCACUUCCUGACCUCCUCAUCCAGAUAAUUUCCUGUAUAAAAACUUACCCACUUCCCUCUUCAUCCCACAACUGAAUCAAACUCGGGAGGACGCACGUCUCUUUCUCUGAUUGGAUCGUUUGCUGGCACUUUACUCAAUGUGAACUUUGCCAAGGGUGUAUGUCUGUGUAGGUGAUUUUAGCAUCUUGUUCAGAUUGGCAGCGUGCUGCAUCAACAUUACCGUUUGAGUCUUUUUAUGAGCUCCAUUUGUUCUGAAUUGCCAACUUCACAUCAAGAAUCCGACGUGGAACGAUAAUUAGCGGGCACGCUUGUGUGUGUGUGUUUGUGUGUGUGUGUGGAUGGACGUAGCUGUGUAGGGUAUGUACUGUAUGUUUCUUUUGGUAUCUGAUGUCAUUAGUGUUGCCAGGUACCAAUGUGUUACUGCACUGGAACUAACUGAUGAAAGCACUGAGCCACACCCAGGCAUUGCAUUUGGAUGUAAACAAACCUCUUACACUAACUUUGCUACUUGGGGAUGUGCUGUACACACUGUAUUUUUGUUCUUUUUUCCUCCUCUACAGCUGUGCAAUAUCAUGCAACCCUGUUACCGUCUUUUCCACCCAUCUGUAGCCUGUUUAGAAGCUGUUUCCUGCUGUGGUGUUGUACCUCUUGUGUGUCCACAUCAGGUUUCUGUACAGAAUUACGUUUUCUUUUGGGUUUUUUUCUAUUUAACUUGUUCUUUUAUACCCGUACUGCUCUAAAAGUAGUGAAAAAUGCACUGAGAGCCAGAUAGAGACGUGACUGGAUAUUACGGAGGCGAUUCUCAGUCUUGCCAAUCAGAAAUGGUCUAGCUCCCAAGUGUAUGAUGUCCUCCCUGUCCUGAGCAUUCGUCCUGUCCAAAUUUAGUCUCUUAUGAAGUCCUGGAUAAGGGUAAUUACCGCAGCAGAUGUCUCACCUCCACUUGGAGGAAUAAAAGACAUUGCUAACACAGUGAUAGGUUUGUUAAUGUAGUGUUAACAUUUGUGGACAGGAUAGCUAAAGGUCAGUCAGGAGUCCAAUGAGGACCAGACUGUCGGAAAGCAACUGAGGGUAAUGUCUGUCGAUCACGACCCUAAUAACGCCUGCAGUGACGACAUAUAGAUUAAUUCAGACAGCUAGAGGCGGGCAGGCUUUAAUGAGACGUAAAAUGUUAAUGUGGCUUUCCUCGCAGAUCCAAGGUCAAGUUAGACCCACAGACAGACGAUAUAUAUAUAUAAAAAUAUAUAUAUAUAUAUAUAGCACAAACCUUCGAAGAGGGGACAAUGCUCUGCUGCACAAAAACCUAAAACCAUUGCUGGGAUGUACAGUUGAAAGGGGCAAUAAUCGAUUGGGGAUGAAGUCGUUUUCUAUUGAUUGUGUCUGUUCUAUGUACAUGUACUGUACGUGUGUUUGUGUGCACAUGCCUUCCCAUAGAGAUAAACAGGGUCAUGUUCCUCGGUAAGAGAUGAAAGGUCUCUAGCGAGCUGGUAGCGUGUACUAACUUAGCAGUGAGUGUUAUUGUGACUGUGUGUCAGUCUGUACAACGCAACAUCAAUUUAAGGUGGCUCUAGGAUCACUCAUCUGCUGAAAAACGCAAAAAAGCCCCAAGUCAUCGGACCUGGAACCUCAAAGUGAAUCAUAGGCGAAGCUCUCCAGACAGCUUGAGCUGUGCAGGGUGGUGAUUUCUAACAAAAUCGUCAAGAGAAUUGCAACUGUACGGUGGUGCAUCGUUACAAUCCACCCUGGAACUGUUAACUGCUGGCUUUGUGAAAAACCAAUCUCCCUCUGUACCUGCAGCUAUGACUCUACUACCAGCGGAGAGAGACUUCUGUGUUAGAAAUUGUCACCAAGCAGACAGAUAUUCUCUGAGGUUUCUAAAUAAGAUGCCAGCUGACAUUUGGAUAUCUCCUUUGGAAAAUUGUUGUUUCAUUCUCCCCCAUUAUUCCUCGUUCCAGUGGUUUGUCUUUCUCCGUCAGCUGAAUGCUCUUUUCAUUGUGCACUUCAUUCCCACGACGCAGCUCGAUCCAUCCUGGGCCAACCUCUGACUGUUACUGUGUCCUCUGUAUAUAGGUAAUGCCGUUCAUGUGUUUUUAGACGUGCUCUCUCUGUAAAGUGAUUGAAGCCCCAUUGGAUGACGUUACUGUACGUGGGACAAUUUAUUGCUGUAUCUGUGUUUGAAUGGUUGUAUUUUGAAGGUGUCUUCAUCCAGGGUUGGGUGGGGGUGGGUGGGGUUGAUGUUUGUGAUGUUUGUGUCCAUCUCGAGGAGGAAGGGGUUUGGGUUUGGGGGUGGGGGGGGUGUCAAGGGUAAACUAUCACAACUGGUCUAUACCAAGAGUGUCUUCAUCAAGGAAGUGGACAGGACAGGGUCUGUCCUCUUCGAAACAGGAACAUUUUUUUGCACCAAAGUCAUCAUCAAAGCGCAGCUUCUUCUUAUUCAAGGUCAUAAUGGAUGGAUGAUAUCAGAACUCAAAAGGAUUUUUUUGUUCUUUUAUUUUUAGAGACAAAAAAACUGUCUUUUUUUGCAUGAUUAAGUGUCGUCUUUUUAUUGGCUUGUGUGCCCGGUAAAAGCAUGACCAUUGUGUGAACUCUCACUUACCGGUGUGUUUGGAAAAUGUUAAGGAAAUUUCUCCAUGAGAUUUUUUACUUACCUCUUGACAUGAACGUUCAUUGACAUUCAUAAUCAACUGUUUUACAAUGAAGGGUCUGUAACUGUUUGAAGGCUGCCUCGCAUGCAGAAAUGCAACUUGCAAGUAACCCAUCAAACUUCAAACCCAGUUACCAUAACUGCAUCUUUGUAAAACACCAUGGAUGUCAAUGCCAGUUAUCACCUAGCUAGCUAGACAUUGCAGUCUUGUAAAAUCGCUCUUUAUUAAAGCGUUGCUAUUUUCAAUACGUGUGUUUGAAUGCUCGCUCCUUUUUCAUACUACGCCAGCAGCAUCAUGGGAGAUAGUGAUUGAAAGUCAAAGUACUGUAAUAUGUGUUUGGUCUGGUCCACAUUGUGUGGUGUUUUUAAUGUGUUUGCUAAGUCUUGUCCUGUCUGUUGCAAUCAAAUGGAUUUAUUAGUUCCCAGUCAUUCUUUAAAGCACAGACUGGUUUCCCGAAACCAGGCUUGGAUUCAAUAGAAGCUUCAACUUUAUUUUGAGACGAUUUCAGAAAACCAGGCCAGAAUGUGUUAAAACCUGAACAGGGGGUUUUGAAAUCAGCUACAUAGUUUUCAACCCUACUGUUUGAGUGCAGAUGGGCAACAUUUCCAUCUGUCAGUCAUGUCUCUGCACACUAUAUUUUUUUGUAGCCAUAGUUUAAUUAUCAAGAAUAUACCUAUCCUUACUUUUCCUCUACCCUGCUAAAUCAAUGUAAGAGACACAGCAUAAUCACUUAAAGGCAAACUAAUAAUUAUAGUAUUUAAUCUGGGAUUUAGCAUUGGCAGUUUGAGAAGACCUGCUUCAAUAGAUGCGCUUACUAGAAAGUUAUUUAUCUCUAAUAUUCAGUUUUCCUUGCCUCUGCAAAAAAGUCCAAUAAAAGGCAAAAAAUCUCUGCCCCAGUAUAUACGCAAAUAGUCAGCGCACACAAUACUUUGUACACAAAGCAUUGUGUGUGCUGUACUCUUAACUUGACAAAAAAGAAUGACACAGGAGGUGAACAUAAGUCAAGAGGUACUUACAAUAAUGGGUUAUUUGUAGUCUUGUAUUUUCCAUAAUGGAAGACUCCCAAGACAUCAUCAUCUCCUGACUCAAGUGUCUGCAAAUAUUCAACAGGGAUCCUCACAAAAUAGACCUUUGUAUUCAUCACUGAAGCUACUUCAUGGACUAAUCUGGCAGCUGGAAACCAGAUAUACAUGUUAGCAGAGCAGAAACUGCAUUUUCAUGCUGUUAGGCCAGUGAUCUGUGAAUGAUGUCUAUGCAGUUUCAUGCUCCACCCUUUGAACAUUUACAUACAUACUGUAGGUCUACUCAUCACAUUACCUCAGUAUACUCUCAUUGUGUAUAAUGUAUUCACCACACUCAUUCAUUACUCUAGUGUGCAUCUGUAAACUGUUCAUUGUUGUUGAGGCCAUGAAACUCAGCAGUGUCCAUGCAAAAGUCUUGUUAGCAGGGAGUGAGGUUCCAUACCCUCAAUUUCUUCUCAUUUUCUUUUUUUGUAUAUCAAAGUGAUUGAAUUAUCAACAGGUUUGGAUUGUUAUCAAAUUAUUGGUUUUUAUUUGAAAAGCAUAGGUUGAUGUUUUUGGAAGAAAAUGGAAUAAAACGUCAUCUGAUGCUGA